AAAGUAAACAAAAUAAAUUUAUUUUCUUCAGAUAUUUACUCGCAUCAAAAAUGGCUGAGACCGAGGAAUAUAACGGAGACAAUUUGAUCUACGAAGCCGAAGUCUCGGACGCUGGGGUUGAUGCCGACGGAGACGAUAUGGAGCAAGAUUCUGAGCUGGAAGCUAUCAAGGCACGAGUGCGGGCGAUGGAAGAAGAAUCCGAGAAGUUGAAGCAGUUACAGAAUGAGGUUGAUAAACAGCUCUCCAUCCCUACCUCCCCAACCGCAGCAGCAAACCUUAGUGUAGAGGAGAAGAUGGAAGUAGAUGCUCGUAGUGUUUAUAUAGGAAAUGUUGACUAUGCUGCUACUGCAGAAGAACUAGAACAACACUUUCAUGGUUGUGGAUCUAUCAACAGAGUGACCAUCCUUACCAACAAGUUUGACGGGCACCCUAAAGGGUUUGCGUAUGUGGAGUUUACAGACAAGGAUUCAGUAUCAACUGCCAUGGCGCUGGAUGAGAGUUUGUUCAGAGGAAGACAGAUCAAGGUGAUGCCUAAGAGGACAAACAAGCACGGCCUCUCUACCACAAACCGGCCUCCUCGAGGUCGAGGUGGCCGUGGUAGAGCCCCGCGGUCAAGAGGAUUCGGCGGCGGAUACAUGCGCAGACCUCGGGGAGGUUACAGAGGACGUAGUUCAUUUUAUAGUCCUUAUUAGUUUCUACAGGGAAAAGAGCUUUAGGCCACUGCCAAAAAAAAA